CUUCUUCUCUGCCGUCAAAUCUCUAGUAGCAUUCAUUCAUUCACUCUCAUUCUGUUCUGGAAACAAACGCUGUUUCAUUCACAAUAAUCAGUCAUAAUGAAUGUUGGAUAUCAGAGACAAGGAAAGUCAAGUCAACAUUCUGGUGAGAAGUUGGAUUUCAGAAGGUGUUCAAAUUCCUUUGGAAUUCCACAGACACAAAAUCAAGGAUGGUGUUAUGAGAAACCAAAUUCAGGAAGAGACAGAUGCACUCUGCUCCGUAUAAAGAUGACUCCUGCAUUGCAAAGAAAAGUUUCAGUUUGGCUUGGAGAGAAGUCAAAUCAAGUUACUGAUAGUAACCCUAACAAAAUCUCAAGAUGCUCAAGAGAUUCUGAAGUUUCAAAGAAGAGAAAGGCUCAAGAAGCUCAUAAACAUCAUGAUAAUGAAAAAUCAAAGUCAGUAGGGAAAGAAAAUGUUCGAGGAUUUUCAAAGAGUACUAGUAAACUUCUUCCAUCCAGGAAAGGGAAUGAGCAGAAGAAGUGUCUUAAAAGAAAGUUUGAAGACAAGAUGUUGAAUAACAACUUGGAACAAGAUGCUCUUUCAAAGUCCAGAAGCAAAGCUAGAAAACUGGAUAAUGUGAUGAUGGACAAUGACAAAAACUCCAGAAAAUGUCAUCAGUGCAAGAAAAAAGAAAGAUCUGCAUUUGUACCUUGCACUCAAUGUCAGAAAAUGUACUGUCUGCGGUGCAUCAAACAAUGGUAUCCAGCUAUGUCAAUAGCAGAUAUGGCAGAGAUGUGCACCUUUUGCCGUAAAAAUUGCAAUUGUAACAUUUGCUUGCGUUCACGAGGAACCAUUAAGGCACACAAGACAAUCACAGAUGGUGAAAAAGUCCAGCAUCUCCAAUAUAUGAUUUACUCACUUCUUCCAUUUAUGCAAAAAAUUCAUGGAGAACAAAGUCAAGAGCAAGAGAUUGAAGCUAAAAUACAAGGAAAAGCAUGUUCUGAGAUUGAGAUACCACCAUCUGCUUGUGGCGUCAAUGAACGCAUCUAUUGUGAUCAUUGUGCUACUUCAAUCAUUGACCUUCAUCGAAGCUGCCCCAAGUGUUCCUUUGAAAUCUGCCUUAACUGUUGCAAAGAAAUACGCAAUGGAAGUAUUUCACCCCGGUCUGAAGUGAAGUUUCAAUACAUGAAUAGGGGGGUUGACUAUAUGCAUGGUGGUUAUCCUUUACCAGCAUCUUGUGAAUUAGGGACUUCAGAAGGUCACAUUAAGAAAUUUUCCAAAUGGAGUGCUAACGGUGAUGGAAGUGUUAGAUGUGCACCAGUAGAACUUGGGGGUUGCGGUGGCUCUAGGUUGGAGCUUAAGCGCGUGCUUCCAAAUGGGUGGAUAUCUGAUUUGGAAGCCAAAGCUCGUCACAUUCUAAAAACUUUCUGCCAAAUUGAACAAACAAAUCUUCAGAAAGAAGCAGUACCAAGUUGUAAUUCUAUGAUAAGAGCUGCUUUUAGAGAUGGUACUAAUGACAAUAACAUAUACUGUCCUGUCUCAAGUGACCUCAAAAAAGAAGGGCUAUGUCUCUUCCAAAAGCAUUGGAUUAGCGGUGAACCGAUCAUAGUUCGUGAUGUUCUUAAAAAAGGGACAGGUUUGAGUUGGGAACCAAUGGUCACAUGGCGAGCAAUUUGUGAAAAUUUUGGCUCAAAUCGGUCAGAAGUGAAGGCCAUUGAAUGCUUGCCUAGUUAUGAGGUGGAAAUUAGCACUCGUGAGUUCUUCAAAGGUUAUACAGAAGGAAGAACAUAUAGCAAUCUGUGGCCAGAGAUGCUAAAGCUAAGAGACUGGCCCCCCUCUGACAAGUUUGAUGAUGUUUUACCGCGCCAUUGUGACGAGUUUAUCCGUUGCUUGCCAUUUCAAGAGUAUUGUGAUCCUCGAGCCGGAAUCCUCAACCUUGCUGCAAGGUUGCCAGCCCAAUACUUAAAGCCUGACUUGGGUCCAAAAUCUUACAUUGCUUAUGGGACUAAAGAAGAACUUGGAAGAGGAGAUUCUGUAACCAACCUUCAUUAUGAUAUGUCAGAUGCGGUGAAUAUUCUGACUCAUACAUCAGAGGUGAUAUUAACGAAUGAGCAAAACUCUGCUAUUUCAAAAUUGAAAAAAGCACACAAGGCCCAAGAUGAAAAAGAGCAGCAUGCUCAAGACAAGAGAGAACAGAAAGAAGAUAGGAAGAAGAGCCCUAUUGAGAUCAAUGGAAAGAUCUUUCCAGAAGAAACAAGAGAAAGAGGUGGUGGUGCCCUUUGGGACAUCUUUCGGAGAGAGGAUACAGAAAAGCUAGAAGCAUAUCUAAGAAAACACUCUAAAGAAUUCAGACACACUUACUGUUCUCCAGUUGAACAUGUUGUCCAUCCAAUUCUUGACCAAUGUUUUUAUUUGACUUUGGAGCACAAGAAGAAGCUAAAGGAGGAAUUUGGUGUAGAACCUUGGACAUUUGAGCAGAAACUUGGAGAGGCAGUAUUUAUUCCUGCUGGAUGUCCACAUCAAGUAAGGAAUCUCAAGUCAUGCACAAAAGUUGCUGCAGACUUUGUGUCACCAGAAAACGUCCAAUGGUGCAUGCGUGUAACCGAUGAGUUCCGACGACUUCCAAAGAAUCACAAGGCCAGAGAAGAUAAACUUGAGAUAAAGAAGAUGAUAGUCUAUGCUGUUGACCAAGCUGUCAAGGAAUUAGAAGCUUUAGUCAGUCCUUCUUGACUGGAUUCAAUCCUUCAAUCGAGCUCGUCAUGAUGUAUAGCUUCUAUGACUUUUUUGUAGGCCUUUUUUAUAUGUCAAAGUUUCAAUUUUCUCUGAUAAAAAUUCAUUUGAAGUAUUGGAGAGUUCAGAUAUGUAU